GGGAAAUUUGCGCUGGUUCAAAAUAUUUUGGGCUGAUUUGUCACGAAUGGGCAGGGUUUGCUCCAAAUUUACCUGCUACUAUUAUGGCGAAAAAGAAAGACGCAUAUACAGUGAUUCCAGUCAACGUUGAGGAGAAGGAAAUGGAAGAGAUGCAGCCAGUUACGGAUAAAACCGAUCAAGCCGAAGAUGAGAUGGAAGAACGCUUUGAUAAAGAGUUCUGGCUGAUGGUAAGAAUUUGCAAAAUUGUAUGUGUCGCUUAGAGCUUCGACUUUUUACAGGAGUAAUCCUCACAAACACUAUGCAAGAUGUAAGCACUUUACAUUUCAACUCUAUGUUGUAUAUUGUAAGGCAAUUAGCGACAUUUUGAAAUUUUUGUUUACAAGCUGCCUCACAAAUUAUAAUGGCCAAUAUACUGAUCUUUUUAAAGUUAUGUAGCCCUUCAGUGCAAAAUUCGUGGACUUUGUGUAUGCUCUUUCACAACAAAAUGCUCGGAUUAUUCUUGAACUAGUUUUUGAAACACUAGUAGCCUGAAAGGUCGCAGUUAAAAAUUAAUUUGACCCUGAAAAGGGUCAUUUUAUUAGAAAACUAAGCGCACAAAUAAAUCCAAUAUUGUUAUUGAUAUGAAAUCAAAGUCUCCAGUAUGAGCUUACCCCUCUUAGUAACGCCUUGAACUGAUUGAUAAAUAUCUUCUCCUAAUAUCAACAUUAUCUAGCACAUAGAUGACCGCGUGACGAAAUAUAUAUUUAGCCAGAGGUCGUUAUCCUGAUAGAUUGUAAGUUAGCUAGAUAUUAGAUCAGGCCCUGGUUGUUUAAAGGUGGAUAACGCUACCCACUGGUAGAUAUUGUGCAGUAUGUAAUGGUAAUAGGACUGAGCGGAGUCCAAUUUGGUUGGUAAUCAUAUGAGUAAUAACAAACUUACAUGACUUCGCAGCAGGGGUCUGAUUUGUUUAUUACAAGUAUGAUUACAGAUGGAUUGGGAUGAUGCAAAGUCUUAUUACCAAUUUAUCUUAAAAAUGACAAUUUCUGAGAACAGAUGAAUAGCCAAGUUAUGGAAGUAAGGAAAAUUUGCGUUAAAAGACUAAACCACAACUUUGAGUGUGAUUGGCUUAUUGAACUUGUGGAUAACACUGUCUAAUAACAAACUGUCCAAUAACAAACUGUCCAAUAACAAACUGUCCAAUAACAACUUGGCAUCAAUCAGUUGGUGAAAAAUACAAGUUUCUUAAACCAACCACAACUGAGAAAAUUGAAAUUUUUAUGAUCAAUUUUGUUAUUUCUUCUCUUCUGGAUGGUAAUUUAUUGGUUGAAUAGGGUUUUAUGCCCUUCAAACAUAUCCUAGCACCCAGAAAGGUGACAAUAGAUAUUCUCAGAAUAAAGGCCAAUGGGAUUAUCUCAAAUAACUGUGCACUAGGUAAAUAAUUUACAAAAACAAGGUGAAUCAGUUCAUUUACCAAGGCUUCUAUAUAUUUAACCCCUUGAAUGGCCAUACCAUUGUGCAUGCUGUGUGCCACACCAGUUUCACUGUAAAUCAAACAAGAAAUGCAAAGGUUACAUGCAAAGACCUUUGGACAUAAAAACUCAUUACCAGUCUCCCUAAAAACCUCCCCCGAAUCUCUGGCGCUAAUCAAACUUGCUUCUGGUAUGCCGAGAUUUUGAAUGAAUCUCUUAAAAUAUUGAUGUACUCAGUACAUUAUGCUGGCACCUGAGAAGAUAACAUUUUGAUGUACUCAGUACAUCAUACAGGCUUUCAAGAAAUUAAGAUCUUCACAACUGGAAUAACAUAAAAUGGCUCUAAAAUGAAUGUCAUUUAGAUGAAUGAUUUAAUUUUAGAUAUUACCUAAUUGUACAUGUAAUACUUAGGUCCAAAACAAAGUGAAAGAUGCAAACCUUUCAUGGAAUAGAGCAAUGGAUGAGGUCAGAGUGGAUCGGCUCAUCAAAAAAUAUGACAAAAAUGCUCUUCUUGUCAUUAUUCAAGACUGGCCACAGAAGAAGAAAUACAUAGAUAAACCAGAACUGAUCCCAAGUUUGGAGUAUCUGGUAUGGAAUUGCUGUUGUUUUAAGCUCCUUACACCCUAAUAUCAGUUUGUAUAUUCUCUAUACUGUUCUCUGUACAUUUCCUAAGGUGCUAGAAAGGAGAAUUUGUUUAACAAUCAAGAGCUAAUUGAGUUGGUGAUCAUUUCCUUUAUUCUUGAGGCCUUAUUGUGUGAUUCAGGGGUGAUAUUGUAAGGAGGAAUAAGUUGCUGGUUGCUCCUUGAAGGGGGGGAGGCAAAGAGUUAAUUUUUUACUCAAAUGGUUCAGGUAAUGUUUUGCAAUUACCUAUAGUAGCAGCUGUUCAAUGCUUGUUAGUGGUGCAGCAUUAUUGUGCAUGUGCUCCAGGUUGCCAAGUCCUUUUUGAAAUGACAGUGUUCCUAAUCAAACUUUUGAUAUGUUUGAAGAGGGUUUUUGAGCAGUUUGUAGGUUCUUCAGAAUUUCAAACAGCAGGAAUUAAGUUUUAAAGCAGUGGUACUGUUAGGAAACAUUAGAUGCCAGUCAUUAUUGGGCAUUAAGAAGUUAUAAGGGAAACAGAAAAACUUUGAAUCUUCUAAUGUUGCAGAAACCCUGGUUAAGGGUCAAACAGCAUGAACUGCUGAACUUAAAAAUGUAGUUUUCUUUUACUUUCAACCUUAGAUCAGUCGCCUAACAGAGAUAAUUCUUGAGAGGGACACAGAGGAAGUCUACAAAUUUUUCCGUGUUCCAAAAGAUAGUGAUUCAGCCCAACCAACACUAAUGCAUCUGGCAGCAGAACAGAACUUCUUGCAUGUCACAAAGUCAUUGGCAGAACGUUACCCAGGUCUAAUGUACCUGUGGACCCGCAAGAAAGAUGAUAAUCCCAGUAGUUUACCAGUUGAGUUGGCCUUAAAGAAAUACAAAGAUGACACAGCAGCUUAUCUAAUAUCUCAAAUGAGGCACGAUCGGUGAGUUUCUACUGCCUCUGUUGAGUUAACCCUUUAACUCCCAUUAGUGACCAAGAAAGAAUUUCUCCUUACAAUAUCAAUACAAUAUCAACCACAUAAGUGAUGAGAAUUAAGAAAAAUAUCAAUUUGGGGAUAAUUAGUUGAUUCAAUACUAAAUUCUCUGUUACUAACAUGAUAAGAAUUGUAUGGUUGACAGAAAAGAGAAUCACAAAUUUGAUCUGGGAAUUAAAAGGUUAACACACUCGGAUCUGUAUACUAACCAGGCAACUACUGUAAUAUUAUAAGGGAGUUCUGUCCAGAUUACCCCAGUUUGUCCCACUGAAAACUUGGAAGAGAUAAUUUGAUUCAUUGACACUUAUUUGACCAGUUGUCUGAGUUUUUUUUUUUUCAUGAUAUAUUCAUACCCUCAUCUGCGAAUUUACAUUCAUUUCUAGUUCUCAAUAUGAUCAUACACAAAUUAAUUUAAUUUCAAACGAUCUACAGAACUUUAAUACCCAGCUUGUAUUAGUAAUAGUUUUUUUUUCUUUGGGUAACUAGAUAUGUUAAUUUUUAAUCUCAAAAAUUAAUCUGUAAUUAUUCUAAUUCUGUAAACAGUUAACCCUUAACUCCCUGAAGUGAUUAACAAGUAACUUCUCCCUAUAAUAUCUAAACAUUAUCUAGCAAACAUGUUAUGAGAAUAUUCAUACUUAUCAGGUCAAAGUUGUUACCUUGAUCUGACACCAAAUUCUUGUAUCUCAUUUACAAGGAAAUGUGUAGAGCCAGAGGGGAGAAUUAACAAACUGAUCUUGGGAGUUAAAGGGUGAACAAAUUGUUGAUAUUGAUAAAAAGGAAAUAGUCAAUUGGUAUAGUCAUUCUGAUGAAAUUAGUCUUGCAAACAGAAAUAUGACUGAUGACCUGUGAACAAGUACACAAAUUGAUAAACCUGGAAAAUUUUGGCACCAGAAUGAAAUACUGGUUUUUGUGACUGAUUUGCUUGUUUCUCCAGAGUCCAGGAACUGUUCCUUUGUAAAGAUGAUGAGGAACAGUCAAGUGCAAAGUUUUUUUUUGGACAUUAUAUCAGUUACAAAAACCCACGGACAAAUGAACCUGGCAUGAAGGUAGAGAAAAGUUUGUAAAGUAUAGUUCUUAAAGGGUCAUUGUCAAAAAGGGUAUUGUAGCUUAGUGUUAACUUUUUGGUGUCAUCCUCUUGAAAUGCUUUUAUCAUGAUAAUGAUUGUUGUUGUGUUUUAAACUUUCAUGUAGUUGAAGGGGAUUGAUAGAUGUUGCUAUUAGAGGCUAUUUGGUGUCUUUAGACAAAAUAUCAGGCACAGUUUAGUGUACAACAUUCCUUUUCAGAAUGCAACCCCCAACCUUCACAGUGCAUGAUGAUACCUUUUUCAGACAAUUCCUUUGAUGAAACUUAUUUUCACUACUGCCUAAGUAGUGCACAUCACUGCGAGGAUCACUUUCAUUCAUGUCUUUAUCUGCAGUUCAAAUAUAUGAGUUUCAUAUAUUCUUAACCGUCUAUUCAUCACUUCAUGGGUUUAUUUAGAACCACCAUCAUGACCAGCUCCCAGUUGGCUUGUUAGCUCAAUUGGUAGAGCACUGCACCGAUAUCGCAGAGGUCAUGGGUUCAAAUCCCGUACAGGCCUGAAUUUUUUUCAGGCCUUAUUUUCAUUACUGCCUUAGUAGUGCACAUCACUGCGAGGAUCACUUUCAUUCACAUAACUUUUAUUAUAGGGCAUUCAUUAGAUGAUUCAUAAAUAAUAUUUGAAUUGGGAAAGUGUGGGUUAAUUUAAAUGGGGUUAUACUCUGGAAAUUUUGACAACUAGGAAAAAUAGUGAAAAAAGCAUUAUGUCUUAGAAGGUUUAAGAUCUGCUGCUGUGAUCAUAGAUUUUGCUUUUGACUCAAUUCUUUUCCUUACUCAUAAUUUGCAAUGAUAAUUUUCUCAUUUUGAAAGUCAAGUGGCCUAUUAACAUUACCUUGAUCCCUGAUUAGAGAGUAAUUUCUCCUUCAAUUCACCUUUAGUUUUAGUUUCAUUAACCCUUUAUCUGCCAAGAUUUCAUUAGUAAUUCUCCUUACUGUCUGCAAUACAAUUUAUGUGAUGUUAGUUUAGAGAAUUUGGAAUUGGAUCAACCAAUAAUCUCCUUAUUCAUAUCAUUCUUUAUUCUCAUUACUUGUCUGCUUCAUAUGGUACUAAGAGUGUGAGGAGAAAAUCUGUCUUGGUCACUAGAGGGACUUAAAGGGUUAAAGCCAAAUACCUGAGGGAACAUGCACUUGAUUUCUGCCAUGUUUAUGUAGUUAUUCACUUUUAAACUCUUCUUUCAUUUUCUUUGGUCAUAAUUUUAUGUUUUGCUUUCAUUCAGAAAACAGUUAUAGCAAUUUUAGACAAGCUUAUAAAUCCUCAUUGGCCAUACCUACCACGUGGGAUAGAAUAUGACGAUAAUGAAGAGGAUAUUGCAAGAUGUUUAAGCAGCGUUCCUGAUGACCCCAUGAACUAUGACUUUUUUUAUCACGUACUGGAAGCGGACGAAAGCGGAAGACAGCCAAAAAUAAAAGUGGCUACCGAAGUUGAUGAGCAAGGAACUCCAAUCAAGACUGAAACUGUGUCUAACCUGAAAUUUAACCACAAGUCUCUAUCAUGUUUGAGACGAAUUGCAGAGAGUGGAAAUAAGGUAUUCUUUUGUCAUUUCAGUUGCUCUCAUGAAAGGUUGAUGCUUGAGAUGUUAGCUUAGAAACUCUCUAUGGGGGCUAAUUAACAUUAUCAACUCAAGUGGUUACACCAAAUUAUCUUUUAUACUUCCCAAACAAUACGGCGUCUCAGUUGCUAUAGAAACCUACCCCUUAAUGUUUUUGGUUAGUUGAUCCUUUCAUGCCCAGGAACAAUCCAAAGAUGAUUAGCAUUAGCACUACUACUCUGCUUCACAUGGGAUGCCAGUCGUAUACAAAGCCCUCCCCCCCCCUCCACCCUCAGCAUUUCCCUAGGUUUCCGCCCUUUAGGUUCACUGGUACCUCGUUAUACUUCAGGGGGGGGGGGAUAGGCACUGUGAGAGUAGAGUGUCUUUCCCAAGCACAUAACACUAUUAAACGUGAUUCUUUUUAUCUGGAUUCCAGUCCAGCGCGUGCCAUACAAGUUUCAGUGCGUCUCACCCAUCAAGAGUGGAGUCCUGUUUGAUCUUCUACCUCGAGUAUCUAACUCUUUGAAAUUUAGUAUUAUGAACUGAGCUGAUAACGUAAAUUGGCCACCUAAAGAGUUUGAAACUUACGUUUCAAGCGUUAGCCUUUCGUCAGAGCGAAACGUCAGCUUUAGAACUCUUUACGGUAGCCAAUUUACGUUAUCAACUCAGUUCAUAAUACUAAAUUACCCUGUUCAGUAUACUCUCCCACCGACGCAGCACCACAGUUUAUUCAGAAACUUACCCCUUUUACUCUUUUAUCUAACUCUUGAAUAAAUUAUAACAAGCUUUCUAUCUCGGACUAAGUCGCUUAAUUUUUUUUCCUUGAAAUUUUGGCCCUUUAAUAUCAAAAGAAGAAUUAGUUGCAAUUGAACUUAAAUCUCCUUUGCAGUCGUUGUUUGUUCUUCUCACGCAACAGAUUUUCAUCCACGCAAGGAAAUGUGGUUCUAAUGUAAGCAGCUUUUGGUGUGAGAGAGAACGCGUGACUGCCUUGUGUGACUAACUUGCGUGACAAAUUCAAACAACGCCUUGCCUGCAACUUAUUUUGGUUUUUUCAGGCAGCAGUGCAACACCCUGUUGUGCGGAUGUUAGUCUCCAGAAAAUGGAACAAGUUUGCUCACUGGUGGUUUUGGUAAGAGCCUCUUCGGUACAGAUGAUGAAGUCUUGUGUUUAGUCAUCUAAGACAGGCCAUCAAUAAUCUUAGUACACCGUUGAACUCCAUGAUCUGAUCCUUGACUCUCCCCUCUGGCUGCUACUCAUUUCCCUCAAGCUGCUACUCUUGUAAAUAGUUUCAAGAAUCUGUUGUUAGGCAAAGGUAUCAACUUUUACCAGAUGAGUAUUCUCAUUACCCGUUUCCUGGCUGAUGUAUAGGUCUUCUUAGGAGAAGUUACUCGUUAAUAAUUUGUGGGAGUGGAAGGGUUAAGCUGGUGACCUCUUCUCUUCCGUCUCGCUGAAAUUCCCAUCUUUUGUUGAGUUUCUUUUCAUGCAGCCUUCUUGCUAAUACCAACACGAUAAGAUCACUCGUUUUUACACGUGAUGCUUUCUACGUCUUGAAAUGGUUAGACCAAAUUUUCAAGAGUAUCAUUGUUAAUCUUCUUCAGCUUUGUUCCUUCAUGGUUCAUUAUUGUCUAUGAGGAGUUUUUUCAUUUUACUGCGAUAACAUUUUUCUAGCCUCUUCCAAGUUGUUGCCACUGUAGUUCUGCGCAUUGCAAGAAAUGACUCGAAAUUUCUACGCGCAGGUUCAGUCAUCGGCAAAGCCACACGUAAUUUCCGCAAAUGUUAAAAUUUAAAUAUCUUCCUAUUUCAGUGUUGAAGGCUCUUUCUACAUUGUGUUUUUAACACUGUUAUCUUACGCCCUUAUCUACGGUUCGACGCUUGACGAUCCAACGCAGUACGGUGGCAGAGCGAAUGGCCUGCGUUUGUUCUGUGAAGUUCUUUCCAUCAUCUUCCUUAUGUUUUACUUCUUUGAAGAGGUCAACCAAGCAGAACGGUCAGUAUUUCAACCUAACUUAAAACUUUUACAUAAAAAUGGUUAGAUUCAAGUUGAAAACUAGUUUGACUUAUGGAAAAUUGUUCAACUGUGUGCUAAAAGUAAUCCGGCAUAUGAGCGUUCUCACUAUUGCGCCAUCUCUGCUAAGCUUCUAUUUGGAAUAGAUUUCAAGGUAGUCAAUUGUGUUCUAACAGCCCAAGAGGUUCAAGUAACCGUCAGUUUAACUGCUGUGUUUAUUUUCAGGGAGCGGAGAACUUAUUUCAAGGAUCCGUACAAUUAUUUUGAUUGGUUGGGUCUCAUUUUGACCUUCCUUGUGAUUCCUCUUCGAUUUGCCGAAGUUAGAUAUCAGUGGAACGUGGCAGCCCUUGGUUAUCUGUUUAAUUUUCUCCGACUUUUCAAGUUUUCGUGCGUUACAAGGUAAACUGCUUAUGUGCAUCCCUUGGUUUUUGAAAUGUUACUUGAUCUCCUUGGCUCUAGCUUCUUUGAAAAUAAGUGUGUCACGCAAAUAAGUCAGAAUUGAGAAUUGUCGGUGUGUGGUCGCUUCGGAUCAACAUUUGCGGCCACUGGAAGCUUCGCCCCAUUACAAGUUCGCCCACUCUGAGUUCGUUCCCGUUACGACGAAGAACGUCUCAUUUUUGGUACAUCGCGGAGGAAAACAAACUAUAUUUAGAUUAUAUUUUGUACCCAUCUCGAUCAUGUUUUCUUAUUAGCCAAAACGUUUCUAGAAACCGAUCUUUAGUUAUCUUUCAUUUGUCGAGACAAGUUGGUGUCAGGAGCGAACUUCUAAUGGGCAAACUCUACAUAAACCGCACCUACCAGGAUUAUUCCGUCAUCCAGUGCUGACUUUCUUAAUUUUUGCUUCGUAGAACCACGGGUUUGUAUACCAAGACUCUUGCCAGGAUCAUCUACCGCGAUAUCACUCGCUUUAGUGUGGUGUUUACCAUAGUGUUUCUUGGAUUCUGUGGUGCCAUGUUUAUGGCGCUGAAAGCUACUGGUUCUCAGGAGCUUUUUAGGUAAGGUAGAGGUGAAAUCGAGUUUUCAAGUUAAGUCAGUUGCUCAGAUUACCGGAGCUGAUCUCAAUUUCUGUAGCAUGAAGCGUCAAGGGGUGUUGCGGCUUCCCCCGGAUGGGAUGCCAGUCCACGGCAGAUUCCCCCCCCCCCUACCCUGUGCAUUUCCUCAGGCUUCAUUGCUGGUAUUUCUUUAUACUCCAGGGGGGAAAGAGGCGCUGUGAAAAGAAAGCGUCUACCUGAACAUAUGUUGGGGUUACCUACGAUGGAAUUGGAGGAAGUCGCAAAACUUUAAGUCGCUUCAAAUUUCAAAAGCUUGAUAUGCUGCGCAGAAUGAAUUAAUUGGCACAUGCAACGAGACUUAACUUUACUCACCACGAGCUUAAGACACCCUCGAACAUAUACGCUCCGUUGUUUGGUGGCCAAUCAUUUCCCUUGUUAGUUGCUGAAUUGUUAUCAGCGCUGAUGAAGCCAUUACAUUUUUGUGUUCUUUCUUUCAGUAAUUACGCUUGGUUGAUGUUAGCUGCCGUACGAGCUCUCGUCGAGCAGCAACCGGCCGAAGAAGACUACUCAAAGUUCAGGUGAAAUAUGAUUUUGUUUCAUUCAGCCCUCACCAGGCUGUCGCGGUCAGUGGAAACGAGCGAAAAGAAAAAGGGGCGCUCCGUUUCCCUGAAAACUGAGGUUUUUCGCUCGCCCUGGCUCUUUCGCUCGUCUGCCCUGAUUGAGAGCCAGAAACAGGUUUCAUAUCGUAUUCUCUUGUUUUACUAUAAGUAGCCUUGUGAGUUCUCGGUUUGGAAACUGAUGACUCUUUCAGUGCCACUUAAUCAAACCGUUGUGUGUUGUUUUCCGUCAGCUGGUUGUCAAUCUUGAUACUUCUGGCUUACAUGGCGAUGGUUAUCGUUAUACUCCUCAACAUUCUCAUAGCCCAGCUGAGCUAUACUUACAGUGAAGCAAAGAAGACCGCUAAGCUGCAAUACGCCAUCGACACCAUGUUUAUUGUCACCCGAUUGGAGUACAGCAGAUGUUUAAGAUGGGUAAGCAAUGCACUUACUCUUUUAAAAUGCUUAGAAUGCCAUUCAAUUUUUUAGUGCGCUAGAUCGUCGUAAUGGUGUGAUCUAGGUUCAUUAGAAAGUUUCCUUUCGGUUUUCACCCUUAUCAUACGUGAAAAUUUAUAUGCAUGUGAAAUUUGCCAUGUGAAGGCGACUGAAAAGCAUUCUAAGCAUGAGGAAAAUCUUGCCUUCUCCACAAAGUGUUUUGAAGUAGUUUUGAGAGUUGUUGUUGGAGCGUACACAAGUAAAACUUGAAUUAACCCAUGCGCUUUAGAACCUCGACGUCGAUUUGUAGCUGGACCAAUUGCAAAUUUUGAACUGAAAGAACAAUCUACAAAUCUUCGUUAGUUCUGCAGGGUAAGAUAGUAAUUUGUUUCUGCUAUUCGCCCUACAUGUAAGAUAAUUAUCAAGCAAAAGGAAAUGCGCUCUAAGGAUUCUUAACAACAUCGGCUCUGGAGUGGUUGUUCUCGACUAUUUAAUUGUUGACGGCUAAGUAAUUCAUUUUACUUUGUUUUUUUUAUUAGAAUUUAAGGAUAAAGAACUACUUAGACGGUGCCUGGAUAAGCGAGGAAGAUUUAGCCAAAGGUAUCUUCCCUAAAUUUCCGUUGCAAAUUUAAUAGAAUGGACAACGUAACGAUCAACUUGUGUUUACGAUCACAGUUUCGUCCUCAGAAUUAAGUGUAGUAAUUGCACAAUGUAGGCCACCCCUGUUUGAUGUUUCGUUUCCCUUUAUCUUGCUUGAAAUAAAAACAAAAAAACUCAGGAAGCCAUAAUCUGGGAAGGCCUGGAUGUAGGAGCCAGAAGGCCUGGUUACACAUACACUUUCACUUACAAAUGUUUUCCCAACCAACACAAAAUUGUUUCAUUCCCAGAACUUUUGGAAUACACGGAUAAUCGACAUCCUUUUGAGACAAUGGAGGAAAGACUGACUGAUAUCAGGUGACUAGAAAAACCUACAAACUGAAAACUACAAAUAUCGUCGUGUGUUUGUACUCUAGCACGUUUGUAAUUGUGAUGUUUAUGACGGGCCUGGGGAUGAGAAAGCCGAGCUUGCGAGGUUAAGCAAGAGGCCUGGAUCAAAGAGCCUUCACUUUGAAGACCUUUAAUUUUUUUUUUUGAAUAAUUUUCGAAAAAGAGUCAGCAAUCACUGCAGAAGCUUUUAAUUUAAUAAAAAUGUACGUGAAAAAUUUACGCACUUCUGCCUGGCUGAAAAAGAUUGCAUUCUCAUGUAAUACGAGUGCAAAGUUGUAACACGGGUGCAAAGUUUUUACAAAUAGCGCGCGCACACUUUCAAAAUUUGUGUUACCUUUCUGUGAUGUUUUUGCAUUUACAUUAUUAUCAAGUAAUGACAUGAUUUCUCUUGCAAUUUUGUGAAAUAGGCACACUUGCCCUACGCGCUCGUGCAAUUUUGUCGUCCUUGAAAAAUUUACUCGUGCUUAUUGACACCAAAUUGCACUCGAAAUCAUGUUGUUAACUUUACUUAAUAACGUCAUUGUUCUUCCUCACUCAGGGAGAUAAUGAGAAAAGUUGUCAGGAAAGGGAAAGAUAAGGAAGCUUAGAAUGUUGUGGAAGAAGAACUGAUUCUUCCAAUGUAAGUAAACGUAUUUGUUUGCAGAAGGUUGUAACGUUUAUAUUUUUCCUAAAUUUCAACAUCUUAUUCCUUCAAAUUCAAAAAGGGGGAAACUGGAACAUAUUAUUUUUCACUUUUUCAUUUCGUGUUGUUAUCUCUUGUUUUGUAGUGCUCGUACAGAAAAACCGCUGGGAUCAAAAACUAAUCCUCAGUGAAUGAUGAGCCCUGUUCCAUGAGACAUCAAGUGCUUGUCGAUAAAGUAACUAGUUUGUUUUCCAUCGGCACCAAUUAUGAGAACUGUGACUGGAUGAAUGGGAGGUAUAUUGAACAUAUGCAAAUAGUCAUUUAAAAAGUAAACACCCAGCCCGAUUUAGAAAUAGACCUCGAAACCGUUUGACGGUUUCUAUAAAGCUUCGUUUUUGACGGUUGAUGGUAAGGAGUUCAUGCUUUGUGAACCAGCCGCUCAAGCGUUGUAGUGGAGGUAACGAUUACAGUGCCGUAAAUCACAGCUAUAGCUUUGCAGACUUUUUAGCCGGACAAUGUGACAGUACGUUGUGACGAUCUUAUAAAAAAACCUACACCUUAUAUUUGUAUCUCAUGGAGUAAUGAGCUAGGAAAGAUAAUUAUUCUCGUCUUGGUCCUUUUUCCAAUUUGUGUCAAUUUGUGUAAGUGAUAAGAAGUAUGAACAGGUAAUUUUCUGUGAAUCAAUUCAACGAUAAAUCGACCCUCCUUUUAGGUAAAUGUAAUAGUCUUAUGUGUUAAUGCAUUAAAGG